CCAAGUACCCAUUCUUAUUCGCCGAGCUUUUGCUCCGAAACAGGCUCCAGAAGCCUUUCUUCUUCGGCUCGGCCAUGCUGGGACUGAAUGACAUGCCGCUCAGUCAGGGGUCCUAUUUCGACUUCUGUUUGCUUUGGCGGACUGUUAACAGGAUGCUCAACAUGUGCGCAUGCGUCUGAUGAAUAUGUGGAGCGGUCUGCGAGGCUGAGUUGCCGCAACACACACACAUGUCAUGAUAUGUCUUUCAGUCAACCCACGCUUACUACCGACGCAUGGGAAAGGAGAGCCAGCGGGUGUAACGUCCGGUCGUAUCCAUCAGCCGUCGAACCGGCUCGGUCAGUGAUCGAGAGCUGCAGCCAACUGUAGGAGAAGAUCUUUUAGGGUAAGAUGCGAUGACCACACAAGAUUCGAAGUUCGUGAUGGAAACGGGUGCAGAGACGAAACUGUUGGUUCCAGAAAGGAACACGCGGGCAGUUUUCAUGAAACAGCUUUGA